CUCCCCUCUCCUGCUUCUCCUACGGUGACCUGCUGCUUUCCGUUUUGUCAUUCCCCUCCUUUCCUGUCAUCUCACAUUCAUCCAUUUUUGUCUUUUGUGACCCGUUCUCCAUCGUAUCCGUUGCUACUUGAUGCACUCUUUAGUUCAGGUCAUCAUUUUUAACUCCAAAACAUUCCUGCAAACGCAACACCCCCUUUGGUAAUCCAUCCUUUUUUUUCUUGCUCCCAAUCAUUUCUCCCCCCACCCCUCCUGACUCUUUUGCUCCCCUCCUCCCAAUCUGACUGAGUAAAUGCUGCAGCAUCACUGCAUGUAUGUGUGUGAGAGUGUGUGUGCGUUACAGAGCAGCACGGAACGAAAGAGAUGGACAAGUGUGUGAGCGCGAAGCACCGGCGAUCCUGAGUCUGGAGGGUAGCCGUGUGAUGAGAAAAGAGGAAGGGGUGUUGAGGGGUGGGGGCUAUUCUGCCUGCGAACACAUUUGCCAGGACAGCGUUACAGGCAGGCAAGCGUAUGUGUGUGUGAGGGGGUAAAAGUGAGUGAGGGUAUGCCAGCGUAGCUGUAGCGGUGUCGUCGAUCAGCAGCGGGCUCUUCGCACUAUGCAGCCAACGGUACUGAUCACACUUUAAGGACUGACUCAUCCAGACCAGACUGUGAAGACGAAUGGAUGAACAGACAGGGACAAUUAUUUCAGCUCAAAAAAUGCUUCAGGUCCUGCUAGAUCUUUCAAAGGUCUAGUCUGUUUCAGGGAAUGCCGGUUGCCCCCCUUGUUUUCUUACAAAUUGGAAUUGCAGACACACAAUCAGUGAUCCAAAAUUGCCAAAACUCCCUGAAAGGAACAUACAUCUUCAAUCAUUGUCUGCCUCAGACAAUUCAUAUUCGCUCCAGGGACAAGGACAAGAGGAUCUUCUGUCUUUGCUUAGUCUUUUCCUGGUGGUGAGGACGGUUGCAGGAUCUUAUCCCAGUGCUGGGAGUGGGAGAUAAGAAGGCUGGCAGACAAGACGGGACAGACACAGGCAUGGCUCGCCUCAACUGGUGCCUGGCUGCUGUCAUUAGCUGGGGCAAGUUCCUCUUUGCCUGUUUCUUUCCUCUGCGAGGAGCAAAGCGGAACAAGCCCGAUGAGCUGGAGGGUGUUCACACACACACCUUCAAGCUGAAGCCUUUCAAGAAGGCGAAAAGUUGUGACAUAUGCAAGCAGGCCAUUACCAAGGAGGGUCUGAUCUGCAAAGCAUGCCGGCUGUCCUGCCAUAAGAAAUGUGAAGUGAAGGUCACUACAUCAUGUCAGAUUGCGACCAACUCUGAGCCGCCUCCCACUCCACAGCUGCCAUUAAAGCAUGUAGAUACACCGGGAUCUACGAGGUCCUGCAAAAGUGUGGAGAUUCGGAGAAAGCAGUUAGGGAGUCAAAUCUUGAUUGAGGCCAUGGAGGAGAGUUAUGAAGUGGACCUCGUCUACAUCACGGAGAGGAUCAUCUCCCUCUCUUUCCCCGCUGGAGCCGAGGAGCGCAGCUACAUCAACAACCUCAAAGAGGUGGCGGCAAUGCUGCGAUCCAAGCAUGGAGAACACUACCUGGUGCUCAACCUGAGCGAGCAGAGGAACGACUUAACGAAGUUAAACCACAAGGUUCUUGAGUUUGGCUGGCCAGAUCAUCAUGCGCCAGCGCUGGACAAGAUCUGCAGCAUGUGCAAAGCCAUCGACACAUGGCUUGGUGGAGACCAGCGCAACGUGGUGCUGCUGCACAACAAGGGAAAUCGAGGCCGAACAGGCGUAGUGGUGGCUGCAUACAUGCACUACAGCAACAUAUCUGCAAGUGCUGACCAGGCACUAGACAGGUUUGCCAUGAGGCGUUUCUACGAGGACAAAGCUCUUCCUAUGGGUCAGCCGUCACAGAGAAGGUAUGUGCAAUAUUUUAACGGCCUCCUGUCUGGGCACAUAAAGAUCAACAACAAGCCCCUCUUUCUGCAUCAUGUCAUCAUGCAUGGCAUACCCAACUUUGAAUCCAAAGGAGGAUGCCGGCCGUUCCUGAAGAUCUACCAAGCGAUGCAGCCGGUCUAUACGUCCGGAAUAUACAAUGUGCAAGGAGACAGCAAUACCAGUAUCUGUAUCACCAUUGAACCUGGGCUACUUCUGAAAGGAGACAUUCUGCUAAAGUGUUACCACAAGAGGUACAGGAGCCCGACCAGAGACGUGGUGUUCAGGGUGCAGUUCCACACCUGUGCUAUCCAUGACCUUGGGGUGGUUUUUGGGAAGGCUGAACUCGAUGAGACGUUCAAAGAUGAAAGGUUCCCAGAGUAUGGAAAGGUGGAGUUUGUCUUCUCAUAUGGACCUGCAAAAAUCAGAGGUCUGGACCACUUGGAGAACGGGCCCAGCGUCUCUGUGGACUACAACACCCAGGACCCCCUUAUCCGCUGGGACUCCUAUGAGAGCUUCAGCCAUCCCAGCGAGGACACAGCAGACACAGAGAACGAUGUUGGUCAUACUCAAGGUCCACUUGAUGGAAGUCUUUAUGCCCGGGUCCGAAAGAAAGACUCUUUGGAGGGAGUUGUUACCAUCAAUGGCCUUCCAGUCCGUGAAAACCCCUUGACAAAUACAGAGAGUUCAUUGCAGCAAUCUAACCAUCAUCUUCAAAAGACUGAGCAGUCCCUUCCUGUGGCAGGACACACUUCCCUCCCUGCUGUAGAUCAUACACUUUCUGUGAGCAGUGACUCAGGCAACUCUACCGCAUCUGUCAAGACUGAUCGCACUGAUGAGCACAGCCAUUCCCUGCACACAGCUGCAGGUCACAACAACCCAACAACAGCCCACCCAACACUUAGCCCACAUGAGAAACGAGAAUUAAACCAGCUUUUAAGCGGCCUUGAGCCACCAAAUCAGCGACAGGCUUAUCUGUCCACAUCUACCAGUCCAGGGGGAGGGGUUCGCCACCUUGUUCCAGCACAGGUGCAUGUCAACGGGGCCCAUACCAGGCUUCUUGGGGCACCAUCAACAGAGGAGCGUGAAACCGAUAUCCUUGAUGACGAGCUUCCUAAUAGCCAAGAGGGCAAUAGUGUGGAUAGUUUGGGUACCCUCUCAUCAUUAGAGGGUCAGGCAACACCAGCUAGCCUCUACUACCAAUCACAAACACCAGUUAGUGGCCAGAACGACGGCCUAUAUCUUGAGAGAAACGUUCUUGGGGAACAGCUGAACGAAAUGCCUGUGCAUGGAGUGCGAACUCCUACAGCAAUGCAGGAAAGGUCCGUAGACUCACCUUCACCCCAGGGGGGAUACAACAACUACCAAAAUGGAGGAGGGAUGUACCGUUCCCAGUCCUUCGGUAAUCAGCCACCCAGUAGCCCUGAGACCAACCCUAAAAUAAUGCCCAAGGCCCCUGAGAGGAGCACCAGCAGUCGAGAAGCAGUUCAAAGAGGUCUUAACCACUGGCACCAGCAUAGUCUUCCAGAUGAUCCCUUUGGGCCUCCUCCUCAGUCGACCCACAGCCUGCCUCAUUUCCCAACCUCAGCCUCACAGCGAGACAUUGAGCAGUCCAUAGAAGCACUAAACAUGCUGAUGCUUGAUUUAGAUCCAAUUAACUCACACAUGUCUAAGUCGCACAGUGCACCUCCUGGAGAUAACACCCUCAGUUCAUCCCAAAUACCCUUUUCCCAGACCCUGGCUAGGCCAUCCUACCAAGGGGAUUCUGCCAUCCAUGGCUACAACUCUGGAUCAGUGAACAAUACCUAUCAUCAGCCACUACGGACAGCUGGGAGGGUUCCAGUGCCAAACCAGAGUCCUGUCACAGAGUCUCCAACAUGCUCCCCCCAAAGGUCCAAUUCUAGCUACCAAUACCAGAACACCACCCCAACACACACUCCUGAGCCCUACCUCCACACAUGUCAAGCAACCCACCACUACCCCAUUGAUACUUCUGCUAAUCUUAGCCAGCAGUCUCCCCAGAAACUGACAAACUCAACAAGCAGAGUUUCACACUCCCCAGACUCACAUGGGCAAUCUCCUUACCAAGGAUACAGCACCUCUUCUUCACCUCUUCCUGCCCUCACACCCCAACCCAAGGAUUUGUCUUCUUCUCCCUUGCCAAGAGAGCAAGAUGCAGAGGAAGAGACUCUAAAUUUGGAAGGCCUGGUUGCUCACCGUAUUGCUGAAUACAACGCUCGUAUUCGGGGCAUCAGUGAAAGCAUGACAUCCCAACAAUCUGACCGCCAUCGCUCCUAUUCCUUCUCUGGUGUUCGCUCUAGAGGAAUGACCCCGGAGGUGACGCAGGAGACAGGCAGGCGCCGGACAACAAGCGAGGGGCACUACCAGAGUGGCCAUGAUAAUGUUUCUGCUUCCCACUCGCCGGACUUCGCCAACAAUCUGGCUCUGAACCCGGGAGGAAGGCCCAAAGAGGGUCCUAUGCACAGUUACCGGGAAGCAUUUGAGGGUGAUGAGUCUGGACGGAAUUGCAACAGUCCUGCUUUUGAAGGUAGUGCUCGAUCUACUCCAGGUUUGACAAAGACACCUCUGUCUGCUCUGGGACUAAAACCUCAUCAACAAGACUCUGAUUGUAAAAAUGAACAGCAAGAUAAUCGCAGCAUUGGGGACUCGAGGCCACAACCGUUCAGUGCUCCUCUGUCCUCCAGCAGUCCAGUCCACACCACUGAUGGAAGGAGGACUGGUUCUUCAGAUGGUGACCCCCACAGUCCCGCCUCCCCAUACACCCAUAGACCUGCCUCGCCUGAAGGCUCCCAGGUCAACAUCAUGGGUGUCCACACAGUUCCCGGCAGCCCAAACACCCUCCACCGCACAGUGGCCACCAACACCCCCCCCAGCCCAGCCCUUCAAAGACGCCUAGGUCAGGCCAGCCCCUCCCUGGCCAGACACCAGCCCCCAGCCGGAGUCCCAUCCAGUCCUCUGAUUGGCCGAAACCCUAAAACCGCAACAGCAGGCGUUCCCCCAAGUCCACUAAUGGGGCGUCGCGCGCCGUCAAGUGGUCACAGCACACCUGAUGAGCUGGGCGCCGCCUCUCGGCAGGGGAGCACCCAGCCGCCUCCCACCCCCGCCUUCCCUGUCUCCCCACAACUUCCGGAGAAGAGACACAUGUCCAGUGGAGAUGCAGAGAGGACAGACAACAGGAACCUGACGGCAGCCAGCGGUGGCAGCGCGCCAAACCUUUCUGGCGCACAUACUCUCCCAGACGUCUCCAAGUCCAUCUAUGAUGGUUAUCCAGACAUAAGGAUGAAUGUUAAGUUUGUCCAGGACACUUCUAGGUUCUGGUACAAGCCUGACAUCUCUAGAGAACAAGCCAUCAGUCUUUUAAAGGACAGGGAGCCAGGAGCAUUCAUCAUCCGGGACAGUCACUCUUUCCGUGGAGCCUACGGUCUGGCCAUGAAGGUGGCAUGCCCCCCACCGACUGUCCAGCAAAACAAAAAAGUUGGCGACAUGACCAAUGAGCUGGUGAGGCACUUCUUGAUUGAGACCAGCCCCAAAGGUGUCCGUCUGAAAGGUUGUCCCAAUGAGCCCUAUUUUGGAUGUCUCUCUGCUCUGGUGUAUCAACACGCAAUGACUCCUCUGGCUCUGCCCUGUAAGCUGAUGAUUCCCACCAAAGAUCCAAAUGAAGAGGCGCUGGAACUCGCAACACCUACUGACCCAGUUGUUGAGCUUCUCAAACAAGGAGCAGUUCAGAAGGUUCCCGAGGAAGCCUAUGCUUGUAAUGUUCUCUUCAUCAACUCUGUGGACAUGGAGUCACUUACAGGGCCUCAGGCCAUUGCCAAGGCCAUUAGUCAGACGCUGACAACCAACCCUCUCCCUGCCGCCACCACUGUCCACUUUAAGGUGUCUAUGCAGGGUAUCACGCUCACCGACAGCCAGAGGAAAAUUUUCUUCCGGCGAUAUUAUCCCCUUAACACAGUGACCUACUGUGAUUUAGACCCCCAGGAUAGAAAGUGGGUAAAAGAAGGAGGUGGAUCAGUAAAGAUUUUUGGGUUUGUUGCAAGAAAACAAGGAAGCACAACAGACAAUGUCAGCCAUCUGUUUGCUGAGUUGGAACCAGAUCAGCCUGCCUCCGCCAUCGUCAGCUUUGUCUCCAACAUGAUGAAGCGGUGAAACCCUGAAACUUCACACGGCAGUGACCGGGUUGCAAUCGUCCGUCACAUCGUUGGUGUCGUUUUUAAAAGGACUCAACGUUGUCCUUCUUUCGGUUUGCUUUUCUGUUUCUCGCUUUCUCUCUUUUUUUUCCCUCUCUGCCUUGAUGGUUUGUCUUUCUUGAGUCAUAUCUACCUGAAGGCUUUGGAAUUGAUGCAAAGUGGAGCUAGGGGACGUGUGGUAUGGAGCGUUUGCAUGUGACAGAAGCAGAUUUUGCAAAGUUGAGUCAGGGGAACAUGCAAGGACUUGUAGGUUUUUUUUCUUCUUAGUUUUUUUUUUGUUGUUGUUGAUUUUGAUUGAUUUACCAAAGGCAAUUGCAAUACAAGUGCAAGAAGGAUGUAGCUAGUAAGCCAUUAAUAUUUUCUCUUUUUAAAAGAUGAAGCAAAAGAAAACAAAAACAAAACAAGGAAAACAAGAUAAAAGAAAUAUGGUUUUCUCUUGAACUUUGAUUCUUCAAGAAACAAGGGGGAGGAAAUGGAAUCUCUGAAGACCUUAUGCAUGUUACCUUGAUCUUUAAGCUUGGUUCUUCUACUUUCCACAAAAGUAAUUGUGAACUACUUAGAGGUAAUUUUAAUGGGUCUGCUGUGUGUUGGAAAGGGCUCUGCAGUGAAACAACAACUGAUCUAAACUGUGCAUAGCAGACCUCAUCUAAAAAAAACAAGUGUGUCAGUUCAAACCAUGCUUGCAUGCUUUCAGCAUUCAAUCCUUUAAAAAAAAUGAAUUCCUGGAGAAAUUCCAGCCUGACAUCAACCGCCAGAAGAUGUGAAGACACCCUGUCCACAAGAUGGCGCCACAUAUUCAGACUUUUCCUUCAUCCAUCGGUACAUGCUUGCAGUAACUGAUCUGUUGAUAAGACGCUUCCACAGCAACACACUGGAAACCACCAGGAGCCAGCCCGAUGACCUGGACCUAUGCACUGUUCUUUAUGCAUGUUCUUGUCCAAAAUUGCACCCUCCAUCAUAGCGACGUUAACGAUCACUGAGAACAUUCUUUGAUGUGUAGAUUUGAAGAAAAAAAAAAGAUAAACAAUUAUCUACCUUUAAGAAAAAAAAAAACUGAUUGAAACAUGUCAAAAACUGCAUGAAAUAGACAUUUUUUUAGUCUUUUCAGAGUUCUGAAAGUUUGACAGAUUAUUACUGAAGUAGCCAUUAAGAUGGCAAGUCAUUUUAUUUAUUUUCAUUGUAUUGAGUGUCCUAUUUUGUUCCAUUUAUGUCAAAACACUAAGAGUCCUGUUAUUUAUUUACUGUUAUUAGUAGUCCAUUUAAGACAAAAAAAUAUUUUUUUGUCUGGUUGAACCAGAAUUAGCCUAUAUCAUAGAGUAUAGUAUUUGUGUUUUUUUGUUUUUUUUUAAUUCUCAUAGCAAAAUUUCAUAUUUUGUACCUUUUUGGACAAAUGGUUGGAAAAACACGCCUACUUCAAUUUCAGCGUUUUACAAUUCCAUGAAUUACUCUUUUUCCAUUCUUUGUUGUUGUUUGCCCAAAUGGCUUCUUUGUGAUGAUUAGAGAUUUUGGCUUGCCUUUCAUAAAUAUUUUCACAUUUCGCAUUCAGUAAAAAAAUGGAAGGAAAACAAAUGCAUUGCCUCUCGUUGAGCAAAUACUUUAUCAAUGAUAACAAGCUUUGCAUAUUUUUUUGGGUUUUUUUUAGGCAUGUGCAGCAAAAGCACUGCAAAGGCCUUCUGGGAUUGAUAUGUUUAUGAUUAAUAAUAUUAUCAUAAUUGUACCUUCAGAUUAAUUGUCUUUUUUGGAGCCCUAAGCAUUCAAGAAAACUCAUCAAAUUUUGCAGUCUCAUAAAUCCUGCAUAACCUUUAACUUUUCUAACGUUUAGGGUUAGGUUGCAAUAGAAAUCCCCCCUUUGAAAUUUUUAAAAUAGCCUCCUUAUUUACCCCAGAAGUAUGUACAUUUGGCGCAAUUCUAGAACUUUCCAAGAUGUACUCAAAACUCUUCCAGCCUUUGCUCUGCAUAAAGUCGACUUAAGAGAAUUUGGUUCUUUGAUCAGUUCAGUGUUGUUAUAGUUGAAAAUGCGGUUCCUUUUCGGUCAAAAGAGAGAAAACAGACUGUCAGGCUUUCUCAACUUCACUUUUUAACAGGAUUUUUUGUUUGUUUUUUACCUUUGAUUGAAAGUGCCAAAUGACUUUUUCAUGAGGACUGGAGUGUUUGGCUUCAGUUUUUCCAUUUAUAGGCAUGUCAUAUGUAACAUUUAGGAAAAAAGGGAUCAUAAAAUGGAAAUUGCAUGCUUGUUGGACACCUGCCAAACCCUUCACAAAAAGGUGUGGAAAAACUGGUGUUUGUUUUAGUGUUGCAAAAUGUCCUUUUUUGUACAUUUUAGAAAAUAAGAAAAAAAUACAGAGUUUUUGAACUCGUUUUAACCUUUCAGGUUUUAAUAACGAUAAAUUAAAAAAAAGUUUUAUUUUUGUUCAUCUUAACCUGAAUCCCUUCCUCUCAGCAUCCAGAGACUUCAGGUUUGUUUCCUCGUUUCUGAUGUCAACAUUACCAUCAGCAAAUGGAAUUAUGAGCUUCCUUGUUUUUGUUUCUUUUGGUCCCAAAUUAGUGCUCGUUAAAAACCCAAGCGUCGAGUUUUGUUUCACUUUGUUGCCAGGCAUCAUAUUUAGAUAUCCUUUGGGGCAAAAGACAGAAAAAAAGAUUGAGCAAAUUCUUAACCGUUCUUAAUAAGCUUAUGAAGUUUUGUUUUCUUUCCUCAUUUUAAGCCAGAAUAAUUUUUCAUUAAAUUCGGAGAGUUCUCUUUUUGUCCUUCAAUUUUGCGUUUUCUUUUGGUAAUUUCACACUUUAUUACGUUUUAGGGAAAAGAAGGAAAAAAAAAUCAUUCACUUGAGCCGGAAUUGCUUUUCAUAGAAAUGAGGGAAGUUUGUUUUGUGUUUUUGUUUUCACAGUUUUUUUUUUAAUGUCAGACUUAGAUACCUUUUAGAACAAAGAAGAAGGUUGAAACAGCUUGCAUAAUGCCUGCUUGUUGAACACACCUUCACUUAGCUAAGAAUAUGUUAUCAAUCUGGGCCAGAUUUACUUUCCAUUAAAAUCAUAGAGUUCAAAGUAGUUUUUGUCAUUUCUUUGUGUUGCCAGAUUUCACAUUUAGCUACCUUUUAGAACAACGGAGAGAAAAAAAAAAAACACACUGUGCGCAAUACAUGCUUGCUGAACACAUGCAUUCACAAUAAGCUAAGAAAAAAAUUGAUACUGGUAUAAAUGUACAUAGAUAUACUUCUUUGAAAGGUGACAUAGCGAAAAAGUAUUUAUUUUUAUUGCUUUGUUCCCUCAUGAUUACUAAUAUAUACAUAUAUUGUACAGUCUCGAUAAAGAUAAAUGGGUUGAGAAAAAAAUACUUAUUUUGGCUAAUGAUUUCAAAGUCUGAGGAUUUUGAGAUGUGUUUGAAUAUAUGGUGUACAUUACAUUGUACAUGUAUGUUUUUGUUUUUGGUUCAUUGUUUUUAGGUUUUGCUUUCUCUCAGAAUAAGGCAGGGCAUGAAUGAGAUAAUGGUGCAUGGACAAAAACCGACGAGUGCGUGUUCUUGCAGUUACAUUGCUCACAAUAAAGCAGAUGUAUUGUAGAAUUUAGAUUUUUUUUUUUAAAAAGGGGAAGUUCAGAAGCCAAACCUUAAUGCAAUAUGCACUCAUGCUGGUUACAUUUAUCAUUUUGCCAAAGAUUCCUACAUGUGACAUCUGUUUGUAUUGUACCGUGUUGCUUUUUAUACCAAACCACUUUUCUGUUUCCAAUUUCUGAAAUGAAACUUGCAGACUUUUCUCAGCAGAAGUAGUGGUUCUAACAGAGCACACACAUGAGUGUUAUGGGAUGUACAGUUUACUCACUCGGCUGUCCAUUUUUUUGAUUUGUUUGUACUGACGUCUCAGCGCUCCAAAAAUGUGUCCGCCUCCAUCGCCUGUUGAGGAAAAAACAAGCCUGCUGUGCAUCGGAGGAGCAUAAACAAAGCACUUAUGUUCACAAUAGAGAGGAGUGACAUAAAUUUCGUAUGGGUGUCAGCGCUGGGUGUAAAUAAAGUCCAAAGCGCCUCACAGUGAUGCUAAAAGCUUCACAGCUGCAGCUUUGUCAGACUGGUCUUUUUUUGAGAGUCAGCAGAUUAUUUAUUCUUAUUUAUUCUUUUAUUUCCUGGGUUGUUUCCACAUUUGUUGUCACUUUCUUUUGCAGUUUGAACAAUUUUAGGAACGCAUCAUGGCGCUUUAUUGAAAGAAGCUUGUUGCCAUCUGUAGCCAUUUGAAAAAAAAAAAAAAAAAAUUCAAAAUGAAAAGUUUCCAAAACGAAUGUUUGUAUGAAAUCAUGUUGUUACCAUAUGUAAUGAAAAAGAUUCUUUGACCUCUUGUAGGCUACAGAUGGCAUUUGUAAGUUGUAUGAAUGUGCUGCCGAGGAUGAACAAAAGAGUCUCCGAUUUUGUUUGCUCAUAUCAUUUACAUUAUACUGUCAUGGCUUACCUGUUCCUAAGGGGAAAAAAAACAUUAAAGCAAUACAGAUCAGUUACA